GGAUACCUGCCCUCCUCUCCCACAGCGCGGCAGCAGUGCAGCGCGCGCAGCAGCAUCUACCGCAUGCCCUCUGUUCGUCGUCGUCGUCUUUGCCAAGCGUAUCGGCAGUGGCAGCUGCAGUGGCGUUAGCCGCCGGCUUCGAGCAAGCGGCCUGUUCGUUCAAAGGCCUCCCGUGCUCCGAACCUGCCUCGGCACACUACGCAACGAGCCGGCCGGCGCACUGUCAACGGCGCUUCGUGGCCGCUCCCGCCGCCUCGGUCUACGACGAGCGGCCGGCGUUGUCGCCCCUUUGUGUUUGGGUGCGUGGGUCCUACACCGACAUGUAGCAGACAGGCGGUGCCCCGCAGCGAAACCAAAAGGCUCCUCCGCGAUUCGGUGGGCCGCCCGCCGCACAGUGUGAUGACUGUUGCGGUGUUACAGCCGACUUAAGCCGACUCGCAAACGUUUUCCAGUAACCGGCAUGCAGCGCUAUCACAAGCAAGUGCGCCGUCGUCACGCGACGACGAUCUGACCGUGUUUACCUGCCAAAAGACGACGCACGCGGAUACACCGAUCUCGCGUGCCGCUGCACGAGAUGCACCUCUUCCUUGCGUUUCCUUCGGAGGAAAGUGCGCGUUUGUGACUGUUCGCGCCGCACCGUCGCCGUAGGCCCCGUCAUUUGUGUGGGUGUGUAUCUGUGCGCGCACGGAGUCGUCACAUUUCGUCAGUCGGUGUUUCACCGUCGUCCGCCGGCCCCAGUUUUAACGCGAAUUUCGCUGCACUUGAUCUGCACUGUGCUAACCGGCGGAUGUGUAGGCGCUUGAGCCAUCGUCGUGGAAUACGUGCCGUGCUCUGUGAGUAGACAUUUAACCGUGCUAUCUCCGAUUAACUCUAUCAAGACGAUAGCCUGCUUCGCUUAUUGUGUUAUUCGGCGCGUCGAGUGUCAACGUCAUCCGGUGGCCAGGCGAGGAGCGUUCCGUUCUGCGAGCUAGCCACACGAGUGCUUUCAAUCCCUGACGACCAUUACCGCAUAUGCCUAAGCCGAGUCCGCAUGCCUCGCACAGGAAGCAUAAGGAACAGGCAGAGUGUAGCCAGGAGAAGAAGUCACCGAGAGUACCGCACCAUCACCAGAAAAAGACUGUCACUGUCAAGGAUGAGGCGGCCGUCGUAGUACGCGAAACUUCAACUCGAGGACAAAGUCGGCCGGGUGGCAUCACCACUGGCCCAACACGUUCGUCACACUAUCGCUGCGACACCUACACAGUGCAGUAUGUGAGCGGUGGAGUGCUAAGACAAGUUGAACUGAAAGAACCCGUGCUUCAGCUCUACAGACUGGACAUUUUUGCAAAAGAAGGAGUCAUGGCGCGUUCACGAUUGUCAGUUGAUAACCACAAGGCGAAGCAGCAGCAUGCAUCAUCUGUAUGCUUGAAGGCUAAAGUUCCUGCUGCAGCUAGCGACACGGAGCGCAUUCCUGUUAGAGCGACGCGAAAUGAUCUGCCUUCAUUGUGCAAAGCUGGGCUAGCUUGCAAGAAGCUGCAAAAGAAAGUUGCUCCAAAAGAAAAAAACAGGUUGCAAUCUCUAAAGAAACAGGAAAUCUAUGAUGAUGUUUCUGAUGUUCCACUGGAAGAAUACUGUGAUGCAAGUGGCGGUGCAGACUCCACAGAAGUUAAUGUAGCAACGGGUGCGGCUGUGAGUAAACAGUGCCAGCCUCCACAUAAACAGCCCAAGGGUGCGCCAUUAGAAAUGGGUGCAGCUGCGAAUAAACCGUGCCAGCCUCCUCACAAAAAGCACAAGGGUGCGCCAUUAGAAGACUAUGAGGACAUCUCUGACACACCUCUCGAUGAGUAUAGCCCCUCGCAAAAGCCAGUCCAAUCUGCAUCUGUUGCCGAUGCCACAAAUGGAAAAAAUGCGCAUGGCAAUAUCGUUGGAAUGAAGCCUGUUGAUAUCCCAAGCAAAGAAAGGGCUUCAAGCAGCAAAGACUUGGUGAAUAAUGCUGAAAAGAAGGGACCUCCAGAAGCACAGAGUUCUGUCAAAACAUCAGCUGCAGAAGUGCAGCCAAGCGAAGCCAAGUCAAACACUAUUGGGUCAAAGCUCACUAGCAAGCCAAGUUCUUCGUCGGCUUCUGGCGCGGACAUGGUCGAAAAGAGAGCAGCUAAACGACCCGGAAUGCCAUGCAAGGACCAUGGCGCUAAAAAAAUUAAAAGUGAUGCAGAUGUAGCAAAAGACAAGACUGAGUCUGGGGCUAGCGCUGUCCAGAAAAGCAACAGCAGCUCAUCACUAAUUAAGAAAGCAUCGCUAGCCAAACGAGCAAGCGAACUAUCACCUUGUGCCAAGAAUAUCACAGCAACAUGUGCCUUAAAAGAAACUCCUGCAACCAAGUUAAAGGUUGAUGUAACUGAAACAGAAGCAAAAACUGACACUGGUACCACUAGUGUACAGAAAAAAAACGGCCUGCAAGCAUCUAGUAAGGCAGAACCAGACAAACUAGUGAAGAAACCAGCGUCCGGUGGCAAGAGCAGUUCUGAUGUAUCUACUAGCAACUUGGGCAUUUCUAGAAAAGUUCCUGUAUCAUCCACUCCUAAAAUAGCUAAGGAUGUGGCUGAGACAAAGGUCAAGCAUGGUAGUGAACGUGUCCAUGGAGACGGCACUUCGUCGGUUACUAAGAAAGUGUUGCCAAGUAAACUAGAGAAGAAACCAGCAUCUUCCACGAAGGGCAGCUCUGACAUUCUAGCAAGCAAGUCUAGCUGCUCAAGCACACCUACAAAAGACAUGACCACUGCAAAGACUGUCAGCCCAUCAGUUACUAAGAAGGUACUGCCAAGCAAGCCAGUGUACUCUCCUAAGGGAAGUCUAGAUGUGGCCAAGUCUAGUAGCCAAAGCAUUCCUGCAAAAGCUCCUCUGUCUACCCCAAAGCCUGCAAGUAAUAAUACAGCAAAAGUGAAGCCCGGUAAUGAUUCAACAAAGUUGAAGGUUGGCUCUACUACGCAUGUCAUUUCAACAGUGGUAAAGGAGGCAUCGUCAAGCAAACUAGCAGAGAGACCGCCCUAUGCCAAGAACACCUCAGAAGCACCUGUGCCUGCAUCUUCCAAGGCUUUGAAAUCUGCAAAAGAAACGCAGAGUUCCACCACAGCAGCCAAAGCUGAUAGAAAGCCUCAGUCUGAACUCAAAACAGAGCACACAAAAUCUGCCGAUCAUUCUGGGUCGUUCUCAAACAAAGGAGCUGUGAAAAAUGCAAGUGGAAGCAUAGCGAAGCAAUGCAGCAUGACCGCGGCACCUGCCAAGGGCACGCUGAAAAAGAAGCCACCGUGUUCUGCCAGUGGCAUUGAAGUCAAAAUCAGCCGCUGCAAGCUCCUCGGUAGGCGAAAAUCCCCAGAAUGUUCAUCCAGUUCACAAAUUCAAGCAUCAACCGAAAGGCUGUCAAGUGCUCCGGAGUGCGAUGGGAAUAAGCAGCAGGGCGCACCUGAAACUCCAGCAACUAAACAAACAGAGCAGGUACGAAAAGCAGUGAGGACACAGCCAACAGAAAGCACUGAAUCUUCUGUUAGUGUCCCUGACAGCGCCAAAACUACUUCACCAUCCAACACUUCUAAAGAGCUCUCUGAAAGCGAAACACAGAAGUGUCACUCAUUGAACAUCCUCAAGGUUAACACUGCAGAAGUAACAGGAGAACAGAGUAGUUUGCAGCACUGCACUAUGUACAAAAGUUCACCUAAAGCCACAAAAGUGCCAACCGAGGCAGUUGCAGGCCAUGUAAGCAAGGGGCCCACAAGUGACAUUGCAGACAGUGUUUCAGAAACUGCCCCAUACAGCACUGACAGUAAAGACAAGGAUAAAAGUUGUCUGCAUAACUCCUGCGUGCCUGCAGUGCAAGAAGUGCCGACUGAAGCCCUAGAGCAAAAUGCCACCAGUGUUUUAGGUGCUCAGGAUGUAGAAGCAGAUGUCGCUGGUUGUGUGGAAGCUACAGCACUGCCAACUGAAGCAGUUGCUCCAACGAAAGACCAUGUAAGCAAGGAGCCCACGAGUGACAUCAAGGAUACUGCUUCAGAAACUGCACCGUACAGCACUGACAGUACAGACAUGGGUAAAAUUUAUCUGCAUACGCCUUGCAUGUCUGCAGUGCAAGAAGUAGUGAUCGAAGCCUUAGAUCAAAACGCCACCAGUGUUGUAAGUGCUCAGGAUGCAGAAGCAGAUAUCGCUGGUUGUGUGGAAGCCGCAGCAGCUCCAACGAAAGACCAUGCAAGCAAGGAGCCCACGAGUGACAUUGCAGACAGUGUUUCAGAAAUUUCACCGUACAGCAUUGACAGUACAAACAUGGAUAAAAGUUAUCUGCAUAAGCCUUGCGUAUCUGCAGUGCAAGAAGUGGUGAUUGAAGCCCUAGAGCAAAACGCCACCGUUGUCGUAGGUGCUCAGGAUGUUGAAGCAUAUGUUGCUGGUUGUAUGGAAGACUUGAAUAUUGGUUCAGAAGUAGAAUGCCAAGAUGCCUCUCCUGCUAAAAACGAGUCGGCCAUUCACCAAGAUGAUGGACACGAGCUGCAACAGGACACAAGUGACACCGCUGACCGAUCACAUAAAUUCAUAGUGCUUACUGCUGCUCCUGAUGACACAUUUCCUGGUGAAUCUACAGUCAUUCCUACGUGCCACCCAUUUGGCCGGCGAGACAACACUUCGCAGGAGGCUCAUGAUGUUGCAGGUUUAUUAGAAGAACCAGGCAAUACUGAAGAAGAACAAGACUGUGCUUCAGCAUGCGUCAGCACUUCUCCUGCACCUUUGCAAAAGGGCCUCUUUCAAGCAGAAUGCAGCACUCCUCCAUCCACAAAGGCAGACGUUGAGCCUCCGGGCAAUGCAGAAGUUAGCACAGGCUCUUUAACUGAGCUAAGCAGUGUCAAUCGUGCAGAAGAGGACCACGGUGUUUCACCACAAAGUAAGAUAGCCAGUGGUGUGCUUGUCUUGAGAGAGUGUAACAAGGCUCGUAAUGUGUUCCUAGAAGGUGCUAGUUCUCCAAGUCUAGCUGGCACCACACAAAGUGACAGUGAAACUCCUUCCAGUGCCAUGCAAAAGGGCCUCUAUCAGGCAGAAUGCAGCAUUCUUCCAUCCUCAAAGAUCGAUGUUGAGCCUCUGGCCAACACAGAAGUUAGCGUAUGCUCCUUAACUGAGCAAAGCAGUGUUUCGCCACCAAAUAAGAUAGCUAGUGAUGCGCUUGUCUUGAGAGAAUGUGACGAGGCCCAUGAUGUGCUUCUAGAAGGUGCUAGUCCCCCAAGUCCUGCUGGCACUACAGAAAGUGAUGGUGAAACGCCUUCUAAAAUCGAUCAAGGUGAUCCACGACACACAGAUUUGGGUACAACUUCAUCACAGGACCCAGCAAGUAACUUUCUUGGUGCGGACGAACAGGGUGCACAAAGUGUGGCCAGCAGCACAUUCAUAGCUAGUCAAGCUGGUCUUCAGCAGAUAGACCGAAAAAGGAUCACUUUAUUACAAAAACCUCUCUGCAAUGCCAAAGUGGUUAAAGAAGUUUGCAGCGGUGCACCACUUGAGGAAUGUGAUGACACUGCCAGCAAAGUGGAAAAAACAACCACAGUAGCUGUGGUGAAGAAGCUUAUUGGUGAAGUGGUCAUGGGCACGAAAAAUCCUGGUGCUUGCAGUAUCAUAGCUGCCAAAGGCAGUUUCCAAGAAUCGGAAGAACCAAAGUCAAACCCAACCCUUCCUCAGCAACACGAUGCAGCCGAAUGCUCAUCAGUAAGGCCAACUGGUGAAAGGGACAACAAUGAAAAAUGCAUUGAAACCUGCCAUCCUGCAUCUGAUAAGGUCCUACAACAGCAAGCACAACACUCUGGUGCAGUUUUUCAAGAAGAGGAGUGGAUCUCUGACACAGUCACAGAGCUGCCACAAAAGUUGCAUGGUGAAGUUGCCGACACAAAAAAUGAUGACGAUGAAGGUGAUUUUCUCCAAAAUUCCGAAAAUAGUGAUCAGGUUCAAGCCAAAAAACCACACACGGCCUCUCCUCCCCCAAAAAUCCAUUUGGGCUUAGCCGUGUCCCAACCACUUCUUGACACCACAGUCAGCAGCAGUUCCAACAGUAAUAACCAGCAGAAAGAGGCAUUGAAAAAUACUCUGGCUCAAGAACUACAGAGCAAUGCUAUCACUGCAGCAGCAUCACUGAGACCAGAUGCCGACGGCGAUAAGACAAAUGGCGGAAACGGCUUUCCAGCCAGCAACGGCGAGUCUCACGUGGCAGAUGAAACAACCCUCGCUGAAAAGUGCCAAAGCAACAGCACAGUUAACACUGGACCCAGUUGUGGUGACACCAAGCCAAGCCGUCAUAGUGAUGCAUCCUCAACCGAAGAGACUAGCUCAACACGAACAUCGGACUCUUGUUUAGAGUCCUCGGAAGCAGAAAAUGUCCCUGAACAUGGGGUUGCAGUCGCAAGUGACCAUGAUGCUGCAGUGCCCAAACCAAUUCAACCAAAAAAGAAAAAGAAGCGCAAGAGCUCGAGCACAAACACUUCAAUGCAUUCUGCAUGGCUUUUCUCACGCAAGAAAAGAGUAAAGCGACCACCGAAGAAAAAGCAGCCUCAAGAGGGCAGCAGCCAGCCCGCUGAACCAUCAGUGGUGGUGGAGGAGACUGAGCUAGUGAACAGUCACAAAGCUGCAGACUCUAUGUGCGCCAAGUUAGGUGUUGGUAGCACAAAGAAAAAGCCACCCAUGGCCACUGUUGGUGAAGUGGCAAGAUCCGACAAAGUUAUGCUCAAAGGCAUCAACCAAAAGCCUUCAUACGCUGCCGCUGCAGACCAAGCUGUGGAGGAUUCGAAAUUUCACACCAGGAAGCACGUCCAGCAUUCAACCACUCCUUACGCAAAGGCGACCAGCUUCAUGCAUGACGCUAUGUUGGACCUCGACAUGUUUACUGGCCUCAAGAUCUUGGAUGUGUGCGGCUCUCGCGCUGAGAAUCUCAGGGACCUGCAAGUACAGAUAACAAACCGGAGCAUCACCAAAAACGAGGCUGUGGCCCAGAUUGCCCAGUCUGUGCACACCACAGUCGUGGAAGAAUACUUCAGGCGUGAGCGUGCAAUCAGGACGCUCAACCUUUUGGCCAGGAUACCGUUCUCGCUCGACCCUCGCGAGGUGGGCAAGAUACGGAAUGUCACUCAAUCCAUUGUGGAGCAGUCACAAAUGUGUGCCAAACUCAAACUGUGAGAGUAAGUGAUGACGAUGAUGAUAAUGCCAUGGACAUGUCUACGUAUAAGUGGUGUGCAUGACUGGGACCAAUCCAUUCCGUCCUUGUGUCUGUUGUGUGUGUCUUGCUGUGUGCUAAGUUCAUAAUGCCAAAGAUUGCCUUUGCCACUUAGUGUAUGCUGUGAUGUUGAUCUUAAUAAUAAACUUCCAGCAAAGGUUUCAUUUUCCUAAAA